CACCGAAACUGAGAGCGUUUUAAUCCUACCAUCGCUUCCUCCCCGACGAAGAGAGAUAUCUCGGCCAUGGCGGAAGGAGGCGAGGAGACGAAGCCCCAAGGCGGCGAAGAGGCCCCCAGGUCGGCGGAGGAGUACGCCGGCGAGGGAAAGGCGGGGUUGGUAGGCACCUUCCCCUCGGCCGCCCUCAACAUCUGGCCCCCCUCGCAGCGGACGCGGGAGGCGGUGAUCCAGCGCCUCGUCCAGACUCUCUCCACCGAGUCCAUCAUCUCCAAGCGCUAUGGCAUGCUUUCCCUCUCCGACGCCUCCGACGCUGCCCGCCGCAUCGAAGAGGAGGCCUUCGCCUCCGCCUCCUCCGGAGGCAGCGCCACAUCCGUGGACGACGGGAUCGAAACCCUCCAGAUCUACUCCAAGGAGAUUAGCCAACGGAUGCUCGAGACCGUCAAGGCGAAGGCGUCCUCGGAAUCCAUGUCCAGCCCUGCGACCUCUCCUCCGCCGUCCGAUGGCGGCGCCACCGUCGAGAACGCUGCCCCCACCGCCGCUGGUGAGGAAAGCUCCGCCUCUUCGCCUGCUUGACUGCAUCUUUCUUUCUGGAUGAAAUGGAUCUUGCGUUGGAUGAGACUUUUGUUAUCUGCUAGGUUUUGUUGAACCGGGAUCAGUCUUUCGAUAUAUCUUUUAAAGAUUGGAUCAGAUAGUCUGUUUUUUUGUUGUUUGGUAUAUGAUGAUCUGUGGGAUAUGGUACUUGGUAUAUGAUGUUUUCAAGGUUUUGGAAUAUUUGCAUGAUUUGCUUUCUUGGAAUGCAGAGCUUUUCGUGA